CGCUUCGUUCCCUCAAAUGACUUCCCCAAAUUUUCCGCUUCGUUCUCUCAAAUAUUCGGCUAGGUUUUGCACUCCCGCUUAAUUACGUCGCGCCUCCCAUCUCCCACACCUUCUCGUUUUCUGCCUUCCACUCCAUUCUAGGGUUUGAAGCUGGAGCGUAUCUCACGUCAACCUCCAAAGACCACUGCCGCCGUUCUUCAGCCCUGCCCCUCCGCUAGCGCCGCUUGAAUCGCUCCCCUUAGGCCGUUACCAAUUAACCAUAAAUACCAUAGCAGGCUUCAAUCGUUCUGUUCAAUCGAAGCUUCAAUCGCUCCUGUCAUCGUUUUGUUCAGUCAGUAGGCUCAGCCGAAGGUUCAAACCUGCUCAAUCGACGGCUAACCAUGCUCAAUCGCCGGCCAAACCUGCUCAAUCGAAAGCAAACUCAAGAUAACUUAAAAUCGUUCUUCGAAUUCAAGUCACAAGUUCUCCAACGAGUAAACGCCACCAUCCGAGGGAGUAGUCGCCACCGGAGAAUCCACCACCCAUCAACGUCGUUUGUUCUCCGUUUGUCGAGACUCACAGGUGGUUGUAUCAUGGAGUAUUGGAAACACGUUCCUGCAUUUCAGCCUUGCAAGUGA